AUGGAGCUGAAGAAGGAAAGAAGGGGAAGAGGAACAGUCAUGGCUCUGCCUAACCCUGAUCAGCUAUUAGCAUAUCAGCAGGCAGGGCUGCGUAGACAUCAUGGUACAGAGCCUAUAAAACUGGUUUCAGGAGAAAAUGCUCCAAUGGAUAACCUCCAGAAAUUUAUCCCAGUCACUUUUAUCCUAUUUGCCUCACUAACAGGUUUUGGCUUUGGUUAUUCUGUUAUAAAUGGCCCAGCUAAUGCAACAGUCCUAGCUGGUUCAGAGGCCCGGUUUAACUGUACUGUGUCACAAGGAUGGCGAAUUAUCAUUUGGCUUUUAAACGGGAAUGCUGUUCUCACAACAACUCACCCUGGAGGAGCUGUUGUAACAAUGGAUCGCUUCACUCAGCAAAAUUAUACCAGUGGUGAGAAUUUUAUCUCAGAGCUGAUCAUCCACAACGUCCAACAGAACGAUUCUGGUAAAAUAGAAUGCAGCAUCCAAACUGGUGUCUCCAACAGCUAUGCCUUUCUUUCUGUGCAAGUUAAUGGAUCUUUGUUCAUCAAAGAUCACAACUCGGCAGUAGGAAAGAACGAAACAAUUGAAAUUGUUUGUGAAGCCUUAGGAUGGGCUCCAGCUCCAAACAUGACCUGGAUGAUAAACAACUCUUUUGUAGAUAAGUCCAGGUAUGUUACUAACCACAGUCAAGGAUCUAAUGAUCUUCACAAUGAAGUGAGCACCUUAACUUUGACUCCGAUGGCCAAUGAGACGCUGACUUGUUUAGCUUAUAUAGAGGCACUCCCUAAGCCCCAGAAUGCAACUGUAACUCUUAUUGUGCAGGAUUCUCUUGCAGAAAAUGGUAACCAAGAAGACAGCACGCGGACACGGACUAUUAUACUUGCAGUCACAUUGUCAAUUGGUUUUCUUCUUCUGAUCAUUAUUAUUUUUAUAAUAAUAUACUGCUGCCUAAAAAACAAAGAGUCCACCUAUCAAAAGGAGUUGAGAAAAGUUUCAACUAAGAAAACCAAUGAUGGUAGUGUGAAGACCAGGAGAAGCAGUGGUAAUGAAAAUUCUGGAUACAGUCCAGAGGACCCAGUGUACACAAAACAAAUGCCAAGAAUCGCUCCUCUUCCCCCAAUGGCCUCCAACUUUUAUCGCACAGAAGAAGAUUUAGAAGUCAGUUCCCCAUCAGAGAUCUCAACACAUGUAAGGUGGCAGUCAUCUCAGGUCCCCAGAUCAUCACGUUCUCUUCCAUACCACACUUCCAUUUCACCUGUGCAUCACCUUAAUCAUCAUAGGCAGCAACCUAAGACACAAAACUACAAGAGGCAGCAAAUAAGGACCCCUCACUUAAGGAUCAUUUACCCCAGGACCCUGCAAUCCAGAAGCCAGCAUCCACAUACCAGGACCCUGUACCGCCACAAAUACCAACACAGACAUCAGCACCCACACACUACGGCCCGGCAUCCCAGAACUCAGCAACUAAAGGGUCAGCACCUACAAACAAACAAACAACAACUCAGAAGUCAGCACCCACAACCUAGGAUCCACCAGCCCCAGGGGCAGCAAAUCAAGAACCAGAACCCUCCUGCCAGGACCAAACAAUUUGGGGGUCAGCAACCCCAGUCAAGGAACCAGAAAUCCACAGGCCAGAACCCCCAGCUAGUGACUCAGAAACCAAAGGAUCCUCAUCUGUAA